AUGAAGUUCCACCCUGGAAAUUCUGUCUCUUCUACUUCAUUCAUUAUUUUCUCUGUCAUUAUAUUUUUCCUUAAUGAUGGAUGUGCCAUGAUACUACCUAAAAAUGAAACAGGUCAAGUUCCAGCAGUUUUUGUAUUUGGAGAUUCAAUCGUGGAUACAGGAAACAACAACCAUCUCAAUACUUUAAUAAAGUGCAAUUUCCCUCCAUAUGGGAAAGAUUUCCAAGGAGGAAAACCUACUGGAAGGUUUAGCAAUGGAAGGGUUCCCUCAGACUUCAUAGCUGAAGAAUUAGGUCUCAAGGAGCUCUUGCCAGCUUAUUUGGACUCAAACUUGCAACUUCAAGACCUUCUUAGUGGCGUAAGUUUUGCCUCUGGUGGUGCAGGAUAUGAUCCUCUCACAUCCAUGAUGAUGUCUGUCUUAACAUUGUCAGAUCAAUUAGAGAUGUUCAAGAAUUACAUAAAGAAAAUAAAGGCAGCAGCGGGUGAAGACAGAAUGGCCUCUAUACUAUCAAAGGGAAUAUACAUGUUGAGCAUAGGGACUGAUGACAUUGCAAAUACUUAUUUUGUCAGGAUGUUUCAGUAUGAUAUCAAUUCUUAUACGGAUCUAAUGAUCAAUUCAUCUUUAAGUUUCUUGCAAGAACUCUAUGCAUUGGGUGUGAGAAGGAUUGGAGUGUUAAGUAUACCAGCAAUAGGGUGUUUGCCGAUGCAAAGAACACUGAGAGGAGGCUUACAAAGAAGUUGUUCAGCGUCUUUAAACCAAGCAGCAAUUCUCUUCAACUCCAAGCUCUCCUCUCAAUUGGUUAAUCUCAACAAAAAGUUUCCAGCAGCUAAACUCGUCUACAUGGAUAUGUACUAUCGAUUACUUCACCUUAUCCAACACCCUACAGAACAUGGAUUUGAAGUAGUGGAUAAUGGAUGUUGCGGCACGGGAGAUUUUGAGGUUGGCAUCUUAUUUUGUACUUACAAUCCAAAUACAUGCAAGGAUGACACUAAAUACAUCUUCUGGGACAGUUAUCACCCCACUGAACGAGCUUAUGCCUUGCUAACCUCUCAAAUGAUUAAGAGCACUAUUCAUAAAUUUUUCUAA